AUAUCAAAUAAAUUUCCCCUUCUCUCUCUCUCUCUCUCUUCACGCCUUCUGUUCUCUCUCACUGCCGAUCAUGAAUCUUUAGCAUUUUGGAGACGCAUGCCCUUCAAGAUGUGCUCCUCUCAAAGCAAAAUAUGUUCAAUAUUUUCUUCGGUUCUUGUUGGGGGGGUUCCAAUGUACUGAAUCAGUUGAGUGGACUGUGGUGUUGUUUGUAAAGGAUUCACGACGAGAAGAUGUCGAAUUCGAGGAGGCCUCACUUCUUUCAGGGUUUUGACCCUACUUCCAGUUCUGAACGGCUGAAAGUUCCAUCUAGAUUUGUUAAACAUAUGGGGAGCAGCAGGACAUCUAGAACUGUUUCAUUGGUGGGUCCCAGUGGGAAUACAUGGCUUGUUGACUUAAUCCCAUACAAUGAUAAUUUAUUCUUCGAUUAUGGAUGGCCAGCAUUUGUGCAAGAUCACUUUUUAGAAAGUGGUGAUGCCAUGGUAUUUGGAUAUGAUGGUAAUUUGCAAUUCACAGUGCAAAUUUUUGAUCAAAGUUCAUGUGAAAAAGAAGCUGCUCUUACUGCUGAAUGCAGUCAAGAUCAUGGCCACUUAGAUAAAGCUAUGCGAAGAAAGAGAGAGAGGAUGGAUGCAGUUUCUUCUCUAGAUAAUAUUGUCGAAGGCAUGCCAAAGAAAUUGAGAGAAUCUCAAGUCAAGAGCGAGGAGGGAGCUCUAUGUGCUCAAGAAAUUGGAGUCUGCUGCAGUCCAGCAAGGAAUGCUAUCUGUUUUGCUAUGCCGCUUCAGUCUGAAGCUCCCCAGGAUGUCUCAGAUACAGCCAUACAGAAUGGACUGGGUAUGGAAAGUGAGCCAGGUUCAUCUGUUAAAAGUUGUCGACUGAUGUUAUCUGUAUCUGAAGCUGAAGGACUAGCUAGGUCAUUUACAUCAUCUUACCCUAAUUUUACAAAAACAAUGAAAAGGUUCAAUGUCAGUGGUUCAUAUACUCUGAAUAUUCCAUAUCAGUUUUCUAUGGCACAUCUUCCAGAAUGCAAAGUACAGAUUGUGCUUCAUAAUUUGAGAGGAGAAAGUUGGACUGUUAAUUCAGUCCCAACUAUAAAAGUGCACACUUCUCAUACUCUUUGUGGAGGAUGGAUGGCUUUUGUUCGUGACAAUAACAUCAAUAUGGGAGACAUCUGCAUUUUUGAACUUGUAGGGAGGUGUGAAUUGCGUGUUUAUAUUCUUAGGGUUGGAAAUGAAGGGGUUGAUUGCCAAAAAGGUAAUCCAGUUGCCAAGGAAUUAGCAAAUGGGCUUGCAGCUACUCCACAUAAAAUAUCUGAACGUUUGCCAAAAAAGAAGAGAGGGAAUACUCGUAAGGUCCAUUUGCAAUGGAUAACGAAGGUUGAAAUGCCAAAUAAGAAAGUGACCAACUCUGAAGAGUUGACUGUGACUAAAAGAAAUCAAGAAGGUGCUGUCUACCUUGACAAAGCAAGUGGUAAAGGAUCCAAAAUUGCUGCUUUCUCCUCCCGAUUAAAAGCACGCAGUGGCAAAUCUGCAAUGCAGAAAAAAAUUAGCUUAGAAGAGAAACUGUGUUCUUACACUAGGGGUUGCAUGUCUAUGAAGUCAGCACCUGAAGAAAAGAAAGCUGCUCAAUCUUUUGUUUCCAGGUUUCCUUAUUUUGUUAGAGUCAUGAAGAAGUUUAACAUCAGUGGUUCCUAUACUCUGAAAAUCCCAUAUCAGUUCUCUUCAGCACACCUGCCCGAUUGUAAGACAGAGAUCGUCCUGCGCAAUUUAAGAGGGCAAUGUUGGACUGUAAAUUCAGUCCCGUCUACAAGAGUGCAAACGCUUCACACUUUCUGCGGGGGUUGGAUGGCUUUUGUUCGUGGCAACGAAAUCCAGAUGGGAGAUAUCUGCAUAUUUGAACUGGUUGGCAAAUGUGAGAUGCGGGUGCAUAUAUCUGGGGCUGGCAAGAAAGAGCUAGACCAUCCAAGUUGCAAAUCAGCAUCCAAUGAAUGAAUAUGGAUGAAGUCAUGCCGCUUCUCCUGUAAGCGCCGGCAUUACUUGUGAGGGACCCAUGAACUUAAGCUGUCACUGUAGUGCCAGAAUCAUUAUACUAGCCGUCUUUUGUCUUCUAAUGGAUGCUUUGCAUUUCAAUUUCAAUUCUCGUCUCUGCUUUCUGCACAAACAAGCAUGAA